UCCAUCUCAACUUUUGUCUUCGGAUUGACCUGAAUCACCAACUCGGGUCAAUCCAGACCCGCUCCAUUAUCCGAAUCCUAAACCCUCCUUUACUCUUUAAGCAAAACUUUAGGGUUUAACAACAGCCAGGCGAACAACACAGGUCAAAAAAGCACCCGGAGAAUGAGCUCCAAGUACACCACCCCCAUCCUCGACCUCAACACCUUUCGAUUCAUGAAUUUGGGUCUCUCUUCCCGCCUUCUCCACUUCACUCCUCUCCCACCCAAAUCCCAAAAACCCACCGACCCUUCAAGCUUCAAUCUUUACCUUCAUCCUCCCAAUGCUUCUCUCGCAUUUCCUCUCAGAGAUUGCGCUCUCAGGGCCGCCGCCGCUAAAGACGGAAACUUUUCCGGCGAUAACGAGCAUCCGGACUUGACGGCGUUGUCUCCGUUGGACGGCCGGUAUAGCGGUGUAGUGAAGGAAUUGGCUCCUUAUUUGAGUGAGUAUGGCCUCAUCUACUACCGUGUUCUUGUUGAGAUUAAAUGGUUGCUGAAGCUUUCUCAAAUCCCUGAAGUUAUAGAGGUGCCGAAUUUCAGUGAAGAAGCUCAGUCUUACUUGCAAGGGAUUAUUGAUGGGUUUAGCAUUAAUGAUGCAAGAGAGGUAAAGAGGAUUGAGAAGACCACUAACCACGAUGUAAAAGCGGUGGAGUACUUUUUGAAGCAGAGAAGCAGUUCACAUCCAGAGAUAGCUAAGGUGCUUGAGUUUUAUCAUUUUGCUUGCACGUCUGAGGAUAUCAACAAUAUUGCACACGCAUUGAUGUUGACAGAGUCUGUCAACAAUGUCCUGCUUCCUGUCAUGGACGAUUUGAUUCGAGCAAUAUGUGACAUGGCAAAAGAGCAUGCUGCCAUUCCCAUGCUUUCACGUACUCAUGGACAGACGGCCUCACCUACAACUUUGGGGAAGGAAAUGGCUGUUUUCGCUGUCAGGUUAAGCACACAGAGGCAGGAAGUUUCUCAAGUGGCAAUAAUGGGGAAGCUUGCUGGUGCUGUAGGAAAUUACAAUGCUCAUAUGGUUGCAUAUCCUAAUAUUGAUUGGCCCUUAGUUGCUGAAGAGUUUGUCACAUCUCUCGGUGUAAGUUUCAAUCCAUAUGUUACCCAGAUCGAGACACAUGACUAUAUGGCAAAACUUUUUCAUGCUUAUAUCAGAUUUAAUAAUAUCUUGAUCGACUUUGACUGUGAUAUAUGGCGGUACAUAUCUUUGGGAUACUUUAAGCAGACAACAAAAGCUGGUGAAAUUGGGUCUUCAACAAUGCCUCACAAAGUAAACCCCAUUGAUUUUGAGAAUAGUGAAGGUAAUCUUGGCAUGGCUAGUGGAGUUUUUUCCUAUCUGAGUGAUAAGUUGCCUAAAUCACGUUUGCAGCGUGACUUGACUGAUUCUACUGUUCUGAGGAACAUGGGUGUUGGAUUCGGCCAUUCUCUUCUUGCCUACAAAAGCACGCUGCGGGGAAUAUCAAAGCUUCAGGUUAAUGAAGGUCGCAUAAGUGAAGAUUUGAAUCACUCUUGGGAGGUGCUUGCCGAACCAAUACAAACUGUUAUGCGAAGAUAUGAUGUUCCAGAGCCAUAUGAGAAGCUGAAGGUACUUACAAGAGGGAGAACAGUUACUGCAGAAAGUAUAAAAGAGUUUGUCAAAGGCUUGGAAUUACCUGAAGAACCAAAGAACAUUUUAUCAAAAUUGACACCACAUAGCUAUGUUGGAUCUGCUGUUGUUUUGGCGAAGACGGUAGAUGUGGCCGUUAGAGCCACCAUAAAAGACACCAAUGUUCCUGCUGAGAAGGUGAAGAUGGUGUUUGGUAGUUCUUCUUGUGAACUCGAGCUUUCAAGUUUGCUGGCUUUGUCACCAUUGGAUGGCCGGUACUGGGGUAAAGUAAAGGACUUGGCUCCUUAUAUGAGUGAAUAUGGUUUAAUCUACUUCCGUGUUAUAGUUGAGAUCAAAUGGUUGCUAUGGCUUUCACAAAUUCCUGAAGUGAUAGAGGUUACCAGCUUUGGGGAAAGUGCUCAGUCGUUUUUGCAAGAAAUAAUUGAUGGGUUUAGCAUCAAUGACGCACUAGAGAUAAAGGAGAUUGAGAAAGUGACAAACCAUGACGUAAAAGCGGUGGAGUAUUUUUUGAAACAGAGAUGCAAAUCACACCCAGAGAUAGCAAAGGUGCUUGAAUUUUUUCACUUUGCAUGCACAUCCGAGGACAUCAACAAUCUUGCACAUGCAUUGAUGCUGAAAGGAGCUAUGAACAAUGUCAUGUUUCCUAUCAUUGGUGAUUUGGUUCAGGCACUAUGUACCAUGGCUAAGGAGUACUCUCAUAUUCCUAUGCUAUCUCGCACUCACGGACAGCCUGCCUCACCUACAACUUUGGGGAAAGAAAUGGCUAUAUUUGCUGUCAGAUUGAGCAGAGAAUGGAAGGAGAUGUCUUGUGUGGAUAUAAUGGGGAAAUUGGCUGGUGCUGUUGGAAAUUACAACGCUCAUGAAGUUGCAUAUCCUGAUGUUAAUUGGCCCCAAGUUAAUAAAGAGUUUGUAAGAUCUCUUGGGUUGAGUUUUAAUUCCUAUGUCACUCAGAUCGAACCUCAUGACUAUAUGGCGGAACUUUUUCAAGCAAUUUUCCGGUUUAAUAACAUAUUGACUGACUUUGAUAGAGAUGUAUGGGACUACAUAUCUUUGGGUUAUUUUAAGCAAACAACCAAGGCUGGUGAGAUUGGGUCUUCAACAAUGCCUCACAAGGUCAACCCUAUUGAUUUUGAAAACAGUGAAGGUAAUCUUGGUGUGGCUAAUGGCAAUUUUCUUCACCAGAGCAUGAAGUUGCCCAUUUCACGUUGGCAGCGGGACUUGACCGACUCGACUGUUUUGAGAAACAUGGGUUUGGGAUUAGGGCAUUCUCUUCUUGCCUACAAAAGUACACUUCAGGGGAUAUCAAAACUUCAGGUCAAUGAAGCUUGCAUUUUUGAGGACUUAAAUCAGUGUUGGGAAGUUCUUGCUGAACCCAUACAAACAGUAAUGAGGAGAUAUGGUGUUCCUGAGCCCUAUGAAAAGUUGAAGGAACUGACCAGAGGAAAAGCAGUUACCAAGGAAAGUAUAAGAGAGUUUACCAAAGGGUUGGAAUUACCUGAUGAAGCAAAGACCAUUCUACUCAACUUGACACCACAUAGUUAUGUUGGCGCAGCAAUAGAAUUGGCCAGGAUGGUAGACAUAGCUGUGAAUUCAGAGAUAGGGGAUCUGUCGUGAACUAACGGUUUGUAACUUGCACCAGACUAUCUAAUAUAUUUUGACUGUGGCGGGAUUUGGAAUCAGGCGAAGGUAUAAAAGAGUUUUAAUUGUAGUUGUGGAUGUUUGCAUUUCAUAUGUCAAACUGAAACAACCCAA